CGCAUUUAUGAAUUCUGUAAUUAUACUUGUUGUGUAAAAAUUUUGUAAGAAAGCGGGUGGAGUUGUGAUUCUGAAGCGAAGAGAGUUAACUUUAAAGGAGGCCGCUGGCGCUGACUCAGUCACUUUUAAUCUUGUUUAAUCCAGCAGAUGAUUGAGAAGAAAGCUUUAAGUCAUGGCUGAAGGCUUGGAAGUAGAAGGUGAUGGAAUCUCAGUUGAAUUACCUUCGCUAUUUUCACAACUAAAAGAAGCUGCAGAGAGAAAAGAUUUCAUAUCAUUAAAAAGAAUUCUAGACAAAAGUCAAUCUGAUUUGAUAGAUCCUUCUACUGGAUACUAUCAUAUUCAUGUCAUUUUUGAACAAAACUUUGUUGAAGCCUCAAGAUAUCUACUAGAUAUUAAUCACACUCUCCUAGAUAAGAGAGACAAAAAUGGCAACUCACCUUUACACAUAGCUUGUGCUAAAGGACAUGUUAAUCUUAUUGAGGAGUUCACUUUGCCUUCUGAUGACACUCUUAUGAACAAUGAAGGGCAUUCAUUACUACAUGUAGCAGUUUCUGCAUCAAGACUUGAAAUUAUAAGAGUCUUGUUAUUAAAAGGAUUUGAUCCUUACCAAUUCACAAAGGAUGACAAGUUAAAUUGUCUUCAUAUUGCUUCAAAGAAAGGAAACAAAGAUAUCGUUGAAUAUUUUUUGAUUGAGGUUCGAAUGAGUGCACAAUCAGCUUCUGGAGCUAAUAAAGAGUUAGAUCGUCCUGGGGGACAACAGCCCAUUCAUUUUGCUGCUCUCAAUGGACAUUUAUUACUACUAAAAUAUCUCAUUAAUGAACAUAACUGUGAUCCAAAUGCUGAAGAUAAUUCAGGUAAAACCCCAGCCUUUUAUGCAGGGGAAUGUGGAAAAGUUGAAGUCAUGAAAUAUUUAGUUGAAGAAUUAGGUUGUGAUCCUUCCCACACUGCAAGGGCCACUGGAAAAGUAGCAGCAAACCGUCAAGCUAUUCAUGGUGCUUGUUUUUCAGGCUCACUCCCAAUGGUACAGUAUCUAAUAGAAAGACUUGUCGAUCCUUAUGCUACUGAUGGAGCUAAAGUUACACCACUAGCUUGUGCUGCUCAAGAGGGCAAGCUAGACAUUGUGAGGUAUUUAUUACAACUUGAGCAUGCUACACCUCCUUGUGAUGGUGAAGAUAUUAAACGUGGUCCUAAUGUACAGGAUGUUACAGGUCGUACUCCAUUUCAUUAUGCUUGUCUUAAAGAUAGACAUGAAGUGGUACAAUUUCUUUGUACUGAUGGAAAAGCAGAUGUAAACCUACUGGAUAAUUCUGGAGAGACUGGCCUCAUUGUUGCAUGCAAAAGCGGCCAUAAAAAUAUUGUUCGUUUUCUAUUGAUUGAUAAAGGGUGUGAUGAAAGCACUAGUACAAGUGGAGGGAGAAGAGUAAUUGAUUUUGCUUCUCUCAAAAACUGGUUAGAUAUUAUUACUCACCUUGUACAGAAUAAAAAUUAUAAUCCAGAGCAACUGAAUGAGAUUGGCUUUUCAGCCAUUCAUUAUGCUGCUGAGGGUAAUGCACUUUCUGUUCUUCAGUAUUACCUUGAAGAUAGGAAAUGCGAUCCAAAUGUAAUGUCAUCAGAAGGAGAAACAGGAACUACUCCACUACAUAGAGCUUGUAUGUUUGGUCAUUUUGAGGUUACUCAAUAUCUCAUUAAAGAUAGAAAAUGUCCACUUAUUACUGCUACCAAAAAUAAGCUGAUGUCCCCAUUGCAUUUAGCUUGUUCAAAUGGACAUAUGAACAUUGUAAAGUUUUUAAUUGAGUCUUGUAAUCAUGAAAUAGAAUCGAGGAAUAAUCAAGGAGCUCUGCCACUGCAUAUGGCUAUACUGAAUGGUCACGGAGAAAUAGCAAGAUAUUUGAUUGAUGAACACAAAUCUGACCCAACACUAAUGACAAAAGGUGGUGCAACAGGUUUUCAUGCAGCAGCUCAAGGAGGUCACUUAGAAGUACUGAUUGAUUUAUUAGAGCAUCCACGUUUUGCUGAGUUUAAGAGUAAGCUAUAUUAUUUACCAGGUGGAUCUCCACUGGACCAAGCAGCUGAACAAGGUCACUUGGAAAUUGUAAAAUACCUAGUAUUAGGUGGAAUUUGUAAUCCAAGGAAAAGAGCUGGAGAUAAUAGUUUUACUUGUCUUCAUUGGGCUGCAUCCAAAGGAAGAACUGAUGUGGUUAAGUUUCUAGUUGAAGAAAUUUUAUGUGAUUUAUUAGAAUCAACCCUCAAUGGGGAAUUACCAUUACACUUAGCUAGUUCAAAAGGUCAUACUGAUACUCUAAAGUAUUUAUUGACAAAGGACAAAGGUCAAUUAACUGUUAAAGAUAACAACAGAUUGACACCAUUACAGUUAGCUAGUAAAGCUGGUAUUACUUCAAAAGAUGUCCUCUGCAGUUUUGUAAUGGCAGGAGCUGAUCCAGAUCAACUCAUUGAAGUAUCACCUGGUAAUUGUGGCUUUAUGAAGUCUUGUAUUCCUCUGUAUGCACAGACUAAAGUAUUUCUACUUGGUAGCUCAAAAGCAUUACUUAAUGAAUUAAACAGUCUUGAUGAAAGUACUAUGCCAUUAGUUGCAGCACCAGUAUCAUUGAGUUAUAGAAGGUACAACAAUCAUAUUGGUGAUGUGAUGUUGUAUGCUGUGUCUGAAGAAGUGAUAAGUUUUGAUGGUGUUUUAUGUGAUGCUGUUGCUCACUGCUCUCAUCCAGUAUUCAUGAUAUGCUUUGAUAUGAUAGAAGAUAAAACUUUCGAAGAAAUUGGUUCAUACAUCAAUUAUUGGCUACAAUUCAUUAGCUCAUUGUUGUCGUAUACUGCUAAUAAAUCUGCCAGACCAUUAUUGUCUGUCAUCAUAAAUGUGGAUUCUAAAACUGAUGUACAGUUGUUGGAUGAAGUAUCAACUUCUUGUCUUUCUUUAUCAUUACCUGAUCAUGAGUUGGUGAUAUCACCUCAAGUCUUACAAUGUGAUGUAGAGUCACUGUCUCCUAUACAUGCAGCUAGACUGAUAAAGUUUCUUUCUAUAAAUUGUAAUGCAUUGCAAGAACAUAGACCACUGGAACUCUUUCCUACUGCCCUCAGAUCUUUUGUGCUGCAUUGUUUUCGUAAUAGUAGUUUAGAAAGGCACACACUGACUGAGAUCUCUUGUGAGAUGAUAGUGGAGGAUGUUCCAUUGCCUACUGAUAUAGAGAAACUGGCUGAAGGUUUUACUGCUCUUAGUCAAAGUGGCUACUUGAUGUUCCUAAAGGACGAUAAAGAUAUUGGUGAGAGUAUUGUAAUAUUAGACCCUAUUUUGACAUUACAGAAGACCUAUGAGGUUAUUUCAGAAAUAAAAGCAUCAAGUUCAUUAUGCAUAACUUCUGAUGAAGACAUUAUCUCUCAGUGUAGUACUAAAUGUGCUCUUGAUCCACUGACCUUCAUCAAUGUGAUACAAUAUUUGGGAUUUUGUAUUAACUUAUCGCAAACUGAGCAAGUGAAAAAAUUACAGCUAAAUACUGCUAAAGUACCUAUUUCCUGGUGUUUCUUUCCUACAUUACUUCCUAAAUGUUUACCAGAUCGUGAAUUUCUGGUCACUACUGAUCAAUCAGAAGGUGAAAUAUCACUUGGUUGGCUCUUAGAAUGUGAGCCACCAUAUCAGUUCCCUCCUCCUGUCUGUAAUUUACUUCCAGUCCUACCAAUUAUGUGUACUGAUCCACCAUUGGUCUACUGUGAUAAGCAAAAUGGUUGCUAUGAGUCAACCUCCAGCACUGUCCAAUGUGUUCACAGGACAACUCAGGUCACACUUACUCAUUUGCAUGGAGAAGCAAUAUUAUUAGUCAUAAAAGAUACCAAAAAUAACUUACUCUCACUAGCUAAAACUCGAUCAGUUCUUAUUAAUGCAAUUUAUAGUUUAAAGGACAAGUAUUGCCCUGAUAUUCCAACACAUCGUUACUUACUUCAUCCGUCAUGUAUGAACAAUUUGACACUUGAUGAAGAGCCUUCUUUGGCUGCCAUUUCUGUUGAAGAUAUUAUUCGAAAUAUAAAUAAAUUAAGAGAAGCUUUUGACUGUUCUAUUGAAGACCUUUCUGGCUUUGAACCUUUACUUAUCAUGAAAAAUGAUUUGGUUAGAAAAUUAUUAGAUCCUGCCUUGAAUAAGAAAAUUAUUUCUGAUGAAGAUUUUGAGUCUCUUGUUGAAGCAUUUGCUCCUUAUUGUGCUCAAUUGGCUGUCAUAUUGGGAGUGGAUAUAUCUGAAGAUUUAGAAUCUGAUACAGAAAGAGCAAAAUCAGUUUUGAUGGAUUGGAUGAAUAAAGGAAAAACAAAAGGUUCUACUGGGAGGUGCUACAGUGAUCUGUGGGAGUGCAUGAAAAUUUACAGCGUUUUUACAAGCCAAUCGCCACCUCCUCAUAUGGUAUGACUUUUUAAUGAUGUCAGCUUUUGACAAAGGAUGUGUUUAUGUAAACUGUGGCUUUGUUAGCUUUAGAAACAUGAUGUGGUUAUUCUGUAAAUGGAAUUGUGUUGUGUUUAAAGAAUGUGUUUUGUCAGGCUGCAGUUCCUAUUAUACUUGAAUUAUUUGAAGAAUUAACUAACAAUAAAAUAAUACAAUAAAUAAUACACAUAAUUUGACAUUAAUAUAUCUAUUGUAUAUUCAAUAAUA